UCUCCGGUGAUACCACUCCAGCCUCGCAAUGUAUCCAACCAUGUCCAACUACAUCCUAAUAGAGUACUCCAACUCCUCCGACGGGGGGGCGGCCUCCCUAAAUUUCACCACCCUUCUACCACCCAACAUAACCCUCGACUCAAACUUAACCGCCGAUCAACUAAUCCCCGAUUACCUCAAUGUAACCCGCGAACUCCCCAUACAGUAUGCCCAACCAAUGUACGGUUACGUUAUGCCGCUGUUACUGCUGAUUACGAUUGUAGCCAAUACUUUGAUAGUGGUGGUAUUAUCUAAAAGGCAUAUGCGGACUCCAACUAAUGCAGUUCUAAUGGCGAUGGCAUUGUCAGAUAUGUUUACGUUGCUUUUUCCCGCGCCCUGGUUGUUUUAUAUGUAUACUUUUGGGAACCAUUAUAAACCACUGAGUCCUGUAGGCGCCUGUUACGCUUGGAAUGUGAUGAACGAGGUGAUACCGGCCCUGUUUCACACCGCUUCAAUAUGGCUGACUCUUGCGUUGGCUGUGCAGAGGUGA